AUGCUGGCCUUGGGGCCGAUGGAGGGACCCCGGCCCAGACCCUUCCUGCUGAGCUGCCCGCCCCUGGCCGCCCUGCACAGCCUGGCCGAGAUGAAGAGCCCCCUCUACCCGGCCUCCUUCCCGCAGCUCCCGGCCGGACCUUCCUCGUCGUCGUCCUCGUCGUCGUCGUCCUCCUCGUCGUCGUCGUCCUCGUCCCCGUCCCCGCCUCUGGGCCCCCCGCCCAAGCCCCCCGGCCCCGGGGGUCUCUCGCCCCUGGGCAGCCCCCCGCAGCAGCCGGCGGCCGCCACCCCGCAUGGCAUCAACGACAUCCUCAGCCGGCCGGCCGUGCCCCUGCCCCUGCCCGCGGGUGCCACCCUGACCUCUCCAUCCUCCUCCUCCUCCUCCUCCGCGGCCUCCACCUCUUCUUCCACCGCCUCCUCUGCCGCCGCUGCCGGGGGGCUCCUGGCUGGCCUGCCCCGGUUCGGCAGCCUCAGUCCUCCCCCUCCUCCACCUCCUCCUCCUCCUCCCCCUCCUCCUCCUCCUCCCCCCGGCCUCUACUUCAGCCCCGCAGCCGCCGCGGCCGCGGCCGCCGCGGCCUCCUUGGGCCGCUACCCCAAGCCCCUGGCCGAGCUGCCCGGCAGGACCCCCCUCUUCUGGCCGGGGGUGAUGACCAGCCCCGCCUGGAGGGAUGCGCGCCUGGCCUGCGGACCCCAUCAAGGCUCAAUCCUGCUGGACAAGGACGGGAAAAGGAAACACACGAGACCCACUUUCUCCGGACAGCAGAUCUUCGCCCUAGAAAAGACGUUUGAGCAGACUAAAUACCUCGCGGGCCCCGAGAGGGCCAGGCUAGCCUAUUCCCUGGGCAUGACGGAGAGCCAGGUCAAGGUCUGGUUCCAGAACCGCCGGACCAAGUGGCGGAAGAAACACGCGGCCGAGAUGGCCACGGCCAAGAAGAAGCAGGACUCGGAGACGGAGCGGCUCAAAGGGGCCUCGGACAACGAGGAGGAGGAGGAUGACCUCUACAACAAGCCCCUGGACCCCAAUUCGGACGACGAGAAGAUCACGCGGCUCCUCAACAAACACAAGUCCGGGGGCGGGGGCGGGAGCGGACCCCUUCUCCUUCACACCUCCGAGCCCGAGAGCUCCUAAACCGCCCCCUCCCCUCCACCCACACCCCCAUC